AUGACCAUGAGCUCGGUGGCCGAGACCCUGCUGGGCUCCGACCCCUCCAAAGCCGCGUUCCUGGAGCUCGGCCCCCCCCAGCACUACCCUCUGCACGGCCACCCCCAGCACGACCCCCCGCCCUUCCCCUCCUACGGCCGGCCCGGGCACUUCCCGUACCCCGGCGGGGCCCCCCCGCCGCCCCACGGGGGUCCCUACCUACCCUACCCGCCCCCCGGCGCCCCGCACGUCCCGGCCCCCGGGGCCAGGCUGCAGGACACAGAGGCCGAGAAGCCGCUGGCCGUGUCCAACGGGGAGCUGCGGCUCGCCGGGAAGGGCAAGAAGCUGCGGAAGCCGCGGACCAUCUACUCGAGCCUGCAGCUGCAGGCGCUGAACCAGCGCUUCCAGCAGACGCAGUACCUGGCGCUGCCCGAGCGCGCCGAGCUGGCGGCGCAGCUGGGGCUCACCCAGACCCAGGUGAAGAUCUGGUUCCAGAACAAGCGCUCCAAGUACAAGAAGAUCAUGAAGCAGGGCCCGGGUGCCCCCGACGGGGAGCAGACCCCGCACAGCGUCCCCGCCCUGUCCCCCUGCUCCCCCGGCCUCCCCCCGCUCUGGGACCUCCCCGGGCCCGGCAAGGGGCCCCCGCUGGCCCCCGGGGGCUACAUCCACAGCUUCGGGGCCUGGUACCAGCCGCAGCCGCAGGACGCCAUCCCCAGGGCCCCCAUGAUGUGACACCGCCACCGCUCCAGCACCGCCGGAUCCGGAGGGACACCGAGGCACACUGAGGGACACCGAGGGACACUGGGGGGGACGCUCUGCCGCUGCCCCCCAGGGGACUGGGAGCCCAGCGAAGCCCUGGGGGAACCCAGCGAAUGGAGGAGGAGGAAGAAGAGGAGGAAGAAGGUGACAACGAUCGGCAGGAGCCCGGGGAUGUCCUGCUCUGUCACGCUCCGCAGUGCCCUGUGCCCUGUGCGCCAUCCCAGUGGGACAGGACUCGGCCCCGGGUCCCCCCAAUCAUGGACAGGGGGCAGGGGGACCCCAGGAGGGGCUGGGGAGUCCCCGGCCCCCCGGCCUGGCUUUAUUUAUAAAUUCUGCCGGUUAUUGGUUGUGCCCCCAUUUAUAA